GCGCGGGGCGGCGGCGGCGGCCGGAGAAUGUCGGGCGCGCGGGGCGGUGGGCGCGUGGCCCCUCCCCCCGGCGGGCGCGCGGCGGCAGCAGCGGCGGGGGGGGGAGGAGGAGGCGAGGAGGCGGCGCCUGUGUCGGCGCUGGAGGUUGUGUCCUUCCUGGGGAAGCUGCUGUGCGCAGUCGCGGCGCUGAAGGCGGCUCUGUACCUGCUCCGCAGAGCGUGCCUGGCCAUGGCCUGGAAGUCGGGAGGCGCCAGCCACUCCGAGCUCAUCCACAACCUCCGCAAAAAUGGAAUAAUCAAAUCAGACAAGGUAUUUGAAGUAAUGCUGGCUACAGACCGUUGCCACUAUGCAAAAUACAACCCUUAUAUGGAUUCUCCACAGUCUAUAGGUUUCCAAGCAACAAUCAGUGCUCCACAUAUGCAUGCAUAUGCUCUUGAACUUCUGUCUGACCAGUUACAUGAAGGAGCCAAAGCACUUGAUGUAGGAUCUGGAAGUGGAAUCCUUACAGCAUGCUUUUCGCGAAUGGUUGGUCCCAAAGGACAAGUUGUAGGAAUUGAUCAUAUCAAAGAACUAGUAGAUGACUCAAUAAAUAAUGUCAAAAAAGAUGAUCCCACAUUGCUGUCUUCAGGAAGAGUGAAACUGAUUGUGGGAGAUGGAAGAAUGGGAUAUGCAGAAGAAGCUCCCUAUGAUGCGAUUCAUGUAGGAGCUGCAGCACCAGUUGUACCCCAAGCACUUAUAGAUCAGUUAAAACCUGGCGGAAGAUUGAUAUUACCAGUUGGUCCUGCAGGGGGAAACCAGAUGCUCGAACAGUAUGACAAACUAGAAGAUGGCAGUGUCAAAAUGAAGCCUCUGAUGGGAGUGAUAUAUGUGCCUUUAACAGAUAAAGAGAAGCAGUGGUCCAGGUGGAAGUGAUUUUCUGUUCCACUUACUUCUUCCACACACGUGCAAGGGAUGAAUUGUAAAAGCUACAUCAUCUUGACCCAAACAUAGUGUUACAGUGGACUGCUCAUCUCCAGUUCUAAAAGCUUUUUGAAAACCAACAGCAUUGCAGCUUGUUUUGGACUUCGUUAUACUGUUGUUAUCAGCAUGGAAAAGCGUGGUGUUUGUUUUAUUUUUUUAGAUGCUCAAGGCAAAUCUGAUAAAGGAAUGGUGGAAAGUUUUAUGUGGGCACUGUUUUAUUUAACAUGCCUUUAUUUUACUUUCAUCUGUUCAGAGUGAAUUUCUGCAAAACGGCAGAUAAAGACCUAUAGCUUGUGAACUCUAAUUUUGAUGGGGGUACUUGAACACUCACUUCUCUCGGCUCCUGUGUCCCUUGGUAAAACUGCUUCUGUGCACCUUACGACACUACGUAGGUAAUACCAGGUUUUCUGUGUUCCGAUGUCUGCUAGAUGCUACUAAAAGGAGAUGAACUUCCUUUUUAAGCUUUUGACGUGGUGUCAUAGACUAGCAUGUAGUAGAUACAAUCAGCUGCUUUAUUACCUUAAAACCAGGCAUUUGUAUAUAUUAAACUUCAAGACGUCAGAGGUGGGUGGCCGCUCUUACCAAACAUUGCUGUUCAAGUUGGAUAUAGCAGACAUGGUUUUCCCUUUCCUUCUAAAAUUGAGUCUUGAAAUUCUCUUUUGGUUUAUAGCUCACUACUGAUGUGAUGCACAUGGAUUUAAUGCCAUAAAUAUGAUGUAAGCUGCGUCCCAGUCACUGAACAGUUUAUGCGAUGCUGCUUUGCCAAAUAAAGUUAAAAGCAAAAGGGGGGUUGUGUGCUUGUGUGGAAGAUGAGGAUCGGUAUGUAGUAGCCUACUGAGAUAUGGAUUGCUAGAUUCUCUGUUAAAAAAAAAAAUCCAGUUUGGUUCUGAAAGAAUGUUGUUUUUGGCAAAGCUGUUUGCUGUAUCAGCGUUCUCAUUUUUCUAACUGGGCACCCAGGAAAAGUUCUGGCAUUUUAGGAAGUGAAUUGUUAAUUGCUCUAGAAGGAAAAGAUGAUACAUACAGAAGGAAUAAUGAAUCCUGGAUUCCAAAGUACAAAUAGAGAUAAAAUAGUUGAAUUUUCACAUAGAAGAGUAGGCUCUUCUAUGGAAGGCUCUAUGAACCUUUUUUUUUCUGCCGAGAGGUUUUCUUAUCUGGUACUGUGAAAUGUCAACAGCAAAUUGCAAAGCAGUGCAGUAAGGUGAGCUGCUUUGGGCAAGGGGGGAGGUGCGUCUUGAGUCAUCUUGCUCAGAUUUGAGCAAUCAGGAAUUGAAGAAAACGGCAUGUUAUCGGUUUCUUUUUUUAUGGUAAAAAGGAAUAUAGAAUAAAAUAACCUGUAUAAAACAACCCAUAGCGAUCACUGCCAAAAAAAAAUACAUUUGACUUUUUGUGGUGGGGCAACAAUAGUUUUGAUAAGAUCAAUCCCUGAAAGCAUAAAGGUUAGAAUUCAAAGACCUCUGAAUAUGGAGGAGGAACACUUUAAAUAACCUUCCUUUGGAAGGUCAGCCCCAUUCUAUUCCUGUGUAAAAGAUGUGUAUCACUUAAUUUAGAUGUUUGGAAGUUAAUGUACCACCUCCUGCUCUGACCACAGCCUGGGAGCACAUACACAAAGAUUAAUCUUAUAAAGGAAUUAAUAUAGUGUGUAUUCUAGAAAAUACAAUUCAGAAAAACCCACUUGCGUCUGACAAAUUUGUACUAACCCACAAUCAACUGUGAAUCUAGCUCUUGGUGUUGAAGUGAAGUAUCUUAAAUGAUGCAUGCUAAUGUUCAACCUUUUGGUCACUGUAUCAUUCAAUUUGAGUUCAGCUUUAUUUACAUCUUCUUACUUAAUUUAAUCAGUUAAACAAAAGAUAUGAGCUCAACUGUCUCCAAAUUCUUGUCUCUGGACGCAGUGUAAUAAGCUAGCCUAACUUGGAAGAGGCGAUAAGGCUGAGACCCGGCGACAACUUUUUUGGGAGAACCACUUCAGGAGGUGUACGACUUCAGGGACCAAGGCUGUUGGGAUUAGUGCGCCCAUCCCACUGCAGGGGUUGGUGGUAGCCAAGGUACUCAGACAGAAGGGAGUGCCCAGAGGUAGCACGUAGGAAUCGGAAAGUGAAAACCCCUCCGUGAUGGAGCAAUGGUUCUGAAGUAAACUUCUUGGAGGAGAGGACAAGGUGAAAUGCAGAAGAUUUGAAGAGCUUGAAUAAAUGCUGUGUGAACUGUCUGGAUUGCUACUUUGCCAAAUAAAACAAAUUGAGAGGAAGCUGUA